AUGGCAGCGCGUGGUGGUGCCCGACUCCAAGGUGUGGUGGCUCGCAAGUCGGCGUACGGCGCCCCAGAUGUGACGGUGCAAGGCGGUGUGGACGGCCUCAAGGUGCUCAAAACCACGCAGAGUUCUUUCGUCGACUUCUUCCGCGAUGAUUUCACGACGCUACCGGACGUACCUGACCGCCUGGUCUGCACAUGUGUCACGGCGACGUGGAGCUAUACACCCGACGCCAUCGGCGGAGACUUCGUUGCCAGAGUGGCAGAGAUCAAGAACGUGCUACUUGAGACGUUUGCGGGUCCAGCCGAUGUGGGUGUGUCCAGUCCUGCCGUGCAGUUUACGCUGUACAAAAUGGGCGAGGCUGUGCUGGAGAAGUGCCCGUACGUCAAAGACAUCAAGAUCACAAUGCCUAACAUCCACAACAAUCCCAUCGACCUGUCCCGCUUUGGCUGCAAGAACAUCCAUCCGCACGGCGAAGUGUUCCUGCCGACGGACGAGCCACACGGCAUCAUCUCGGCCACGAUGGUGCGCGCGGCGUCCAAGCUGUAG